CCGCCUUCGCCGAGUCGGUGCGCCGCUCGCCUCGCCUGCCGCACGGCGGCUUGGGCGGGGGGCUGAGCAGCGGGCUCGCCGACCCCCGGAUGUCGCCCCAGUGGAGGGGAGGCGCAGCGCUCGGGCCCGGCGGGCUCGGGGCGGCGGGGCCCAUGGCAGCAGCUGCCGCGGCCGGGCCGUUGGAGCGGCCGUCGACGGACCCGCGCGGCGACGGGCCGGGCGCGGGGCUUCUGGGCGGAGGACAGGCCUCGCACGAGCGGCCCUCCACGGACCCGCACUACUCGCUUCUGCGGCGCUCGCCGCGCUUGCACCCUCCAAACGCGUCGCCCCUGCUCGGGCCUCGCGGGGCGAGCACGAUGCCGCCGCCGCCGCCGCGCCGCCCGGCCGACGGCGACCACGCGGCCGAGGCCAAGCGACGAAAGAUCGACCCCAACGCGCCGCUUUCGGAUGGCGACAUCGAGGCGUUCCUCGAGCCAGACAUGCACACCCUCGACCAGCAGUACGGCUCCAUGACGGAUUGAGCCCACACCUACCGAGUGCAAUCUCUGCAAAACCGAAAACGUCUGUGACUGUGUCUUGGCUUGCGCGUCCGCCCAUCGAUGGCCCAUCGUCCGCUCCCUCUGUCGCCUGUGAAUAGCCCGCCCCACCCUCGAUUUCGUAUAUUCCCGUUAAAAAUGUCCCCGCGU